AUGAAGUUACUAACCCUCAACUUCCUCACCUGCGCCAUCAAAACCUGCAAAUCCUCGCCCGCGUCUUUCCCCCUCCACCCCAAGGACGCCGAACUCGAACAGAUCGAAAUCGACCUCAAUUCGCUCUUCAUCCAAAACAUCCUGCCUCGAUUAGACUGGAACGCCCUGAAAACACUCACCUCAGAACUCGGCCUCCCAGCUUUACCGGACGAAGUGCCUGAGGCUGAAGCUCUGGUGAGCGAGGAAGGGGACGCUACGCAGAUGGCGAAAGACUUGCAUGGGCUGUUGAUGGAGACGGGGAUUGCGAGUGGGAAGUUGUGUUGUGGGAAUUGUGGGCAUGAGUAUGCGGUUAAGGAGGGGAUUGCGAAUUUUUUGUUGCCGAGCCAUUUGGUUUGA